UAAAAAAUUUGAAGGAUGCUCAUGGGCACCGAUGUGGCAACCGUCGGCUGCCAAGUACUGUGUAAUCACUCACACUCCUCCUGGCAACAGUCUCUAGUGCACACGUCUGUCCGACGGACCUCUACCAUGUUUAGCGAAGAGCUGCUGCAGGGGCUUGAAUACGGUGGGAAGCUGUUGCAAGGAUUUGGAUAUGUAAAGGACGUUUUCGCCGUCAUUGGGAUCCUGUACGUGGGAAAAGUGACCACGUACCUGCUUUAUGACGUGGUAACAGGAGUGAGAACUCUCUUUUGGUCCAGAUUGUGGGACAAACGACUUGUUGCCAAGUAUGGCAAGUGGGCAGUUGUGACGGGCAGCACAGAUGGAAUUGGAAAAGAAUACGCCAAGAAGCUGGCUCAGGGAGGCAUGAACAUCAUCCUCAUCUCACGCACCAUGGAGAAGCUCAAGAAAGUUGAAACCGAGAUUGCUGAUGAAUAUGGAGUAGAGACUGAGGUCGUUCAGGCAGACUUCAGCCAAGGGCGUGUAAUCUAUGAGGACAUCGGAAAACACCUGCAAGACAAGGAGAUUGGAGUUUUAGUAAAUAAUGUUGGUGGGGUCGCAAACUUGCCAACCAAAUUUGGAAAUUUAACAGACCAUGACAUCUGGGCUCAAGUCAACGUGAACGUAGCAUCAGUGCCCGCCAUGACCAAUUUGGUCCUCCCUGGAAUGCUUGCUCGGCGCCAAGGAGCCAUCAUCAAUAUAGCUUCCAUAACGUGUCAUGCCCCAGUUCCUUACCUCGGGAUUUAUUCAGCUACAAAGGCCUUUGUGGACUACUUUUCGACAUCGCUGUACGGGGAGUAUAGUGACUCAGGCCUCACCAUCCAGACCAUCAAUCCUGGUUACGUCUCGACCAACUUGACCAGUUUUUCAGAUUAUGUCCAUACCCCUGGCAUCAGUGUCCCAACAGCUUCAACAUACGUCAACAGCGCGUUCUCCACUUUAGGUUACUCCCAUCGCUCUAGUGGCUACUGGAGUCAUGCUUGCAUAACUUACAUUAUAGAUAACAUCUUCGGCCGGUGGAUGACCUCAUACUUGAGUGGUGCAUUUGAGGCAUUCCUGGAAAGAGACGCCAAAAAGAAGAAACAGUAAGCACGUAUUAACAGAAAAUACUACUCCAGGGAGGAUGAGGACCAUAACUUGGUGUACAGAUGACGAG